AUGAAUCUUACUACUAUUCGGACGCGGGUCUUCGGUAGGACUGUUGACACUUCCCAUGCUGGAUUAAAUUGCCUUGGAAGAGCCCAGCCCGUCUCCGACGAAGAGGAGGCGGGCCCUCCUGCCGUUGCCCUCUCCUCCGCGCCCUUGCACGACAAAACGGCCGCCGGUGACUUCGCCCUGAGGUCCGUGAUCGAAGAGGACGCCUUCCAAGCUCUGAGCGACGGUCCCUGGGCGAAGCGGCCCCGCCUGGCCCUCUGCGAGGACGCCGCCGCUCUUGAGGACAACGAUUUCCUCUCCCUCACUUUCCCGAAGAAGCUCUGGAAGAUCGUGGAGAGCGAGCAGUUCAAGUCCCUCUGGUGGGACGACGAGGGCCACUGCGUGGUGAUCGACGAGGAGCUGUUCAAGAAGGAGGUGCUGGAGCGCAAAGGGCCCCUGCGCAUCUUCGAGACGGACUGCAUGAAGAGCUUCAUCCGCCAGCUGAACCUCUACGGCUUCAGCAAGAUGAGGCAGAACUUCCAACGGUCGGCCUCCCUCGUCGAGUUUUUAGCGGAGGAAAAGGCCGCCUACGCCUUUAGCAAGCUCCAGUUCUACCAUAACCCCAAUUUCAAGAGAGGGUGCCCUCACCUACUCGCGAGGUGCAAGCGAAGAGUUGGAAUCAAAAACAUGCCACCCGUGGCUUUCUCCCUAGAGGAAGACUUCGGCGAAAUCUGCUUGAAGAGCAGAUCCAGAAGCCCAGAAGGUCCACCUUCUCUGGGAUCUUCUUCCAGAGAAAAUAGUUUCCUGACAACUUCUCCCAAGGACAAGAUGCACAAAUCUGCUCUCCGGAAGCCACCCGUGACCAAAGGCCUGGCCGGAACGGUAGGUCGUCUGAGAAGUGGUUUCGCUGCUUCUCCAAGUCCUUUGAGGUCUUCAGAUCAGGGGUCACCUGAGGACACUGAGAACAAGAUCAACCAGCUGGCUCCUUUCCACUUGCCCCAGCACCCCAGCCAUGCUCGAGUCAACACCCACGAGAUCGAUUCCACCACCACCACCUCGGCUACCUCUUUGUAUCACGUCAUCCCGCCCGUCCCCAACAGUCCCUUUGCGCCAAUGAUGGGGCUGCCCACCUUCCCCACCAUGUAUCCAGACUUAUCAGCCAUGCAAGCUCACUGGGCCAGCAUCCUCCCUUUUUGCAAUCCGUGGUUCUCCAUGCCGAUGAUAGCGGCCGCUUCGGCCAUUUCCAUGUCCAGGUCUUCCCAUCAUCUCCGAACUCCUUCGUACCACCACUGUCCCAACUGCAACUGUACGUCCAAUCCCCCGUCCGCUUCCAAAGGGGCUGGACCCAAAACGGCAGAAUAUGCUGGGUACCAUCGGUAA